AUGGUCUACACAAUCAUUGUACACCUGUACGCUAAGGCAGACGAGGAAAGCAUCUCCAAGCUUAAGGCGAAGCUUGUUGAGGCCAGCCAGGUCUAUUCGAAGGACAAGGAGACGCUCAGUUGGUUCGUCAUGCAGGACACUGUCGACCCCAGGAAGUUCAGCAUCGUAGAACGGUACUUGCAGGAAAGCUCCCAGCAAUAUCACCUGAACAACCCUUAUUGGAAGACCUUCGAUCCCUACGUCCUUCCACUGCUCGAUGCACCCAUGGACCUGCGCAGACUUGAGGAGAUGGACACGAGCGUCCCCCCCGCGGGUGCACACUAA